UCUCCGCUACUCCGACUGCCCCGCCGUCGUCCGCUCCACCACCACCACCCCGUCUCCCCCCGCUUCCUCCUCCCUCCCCGCCUUCCUCGCCGCCCACUGCGCCGAUUACUCCCCCUCCCCCUCCGCCCCGUCCUCUCCCCCGCGCGGCCUCCUCCUCCUCCUCCCGUCGGAGCUCUGCCUCCUUCGCCGGGAGUUGGACUCCUGGGGCGCCGCCGCCCACGGCGUGCUGCCGGGGUCCUACACCCACGCCGCGUCACGUGCGGUGGCGGCGGCGGAGCGCUCUGGCCUCCCGCGGUGGGAGGCCGAGAUGCGCCGGUGGGUGCUCGCGGCCUCGCAGAGGUACGGGGUCGUGAUCGACGCGGCGACGAGGGACCAUGUCUGGGUGCUGCUGCGGCUGUGCCUCAAGGCGGCGGCGUCGGAGGCGCGCUGCUCCCUGGAGGAUGCGCGCGGCGCCGAGGGUGGAGGGUCUGGGUUUGUUGACCCAAGGGCCAUACGGUUUGAGUGCCCGAGGCUUGUCGACGCCGUCUCGUGGCUAGGGACGCAGCUGAGGAUCCUGUAUGGAGAGAGUAGCGGGAGAUCCUUCGCGAUCGCGGCGGUGAGGGAGGCUAUUCUGCGUGCGGGGUCUUGUUUGGCCGUCGGUGUUGACGGCGGUGGAGGUUCAGGUGUAGAAGGAAGUGAUUUUGGAAAUGUUGGGACGCCCUCUGUGUCUGUUGCUCAAGUUGCUGCUGCCAUUGCGGCGUUGCAUGAGAGGUUCUCCUUGGAGGAGAAGAUCAAGGCACUUCGAGCGCCACGUCCGGCCAAAUUUCAGCUUUUACUGGAAUAUUCAAAAGCACUGGAACGAGGCCGCGAGGAGCGAUCAAAACGACCAAACUACAGAGCUGUUCUGGAGUAUGAUGGUAUUAUAUCACGCCGAGUAGAUAGCCAGGAAUUUGGUAGAGUCAAGACUAGAGAGGAGCUUUUAGCUGAAGAGCGAGAUUACAAGCGAAGAAGAACGUCGUACCGUGGCAAGAAAGCGAAGAGAAAUCCAAAAGAGAUUUUAAGAGACAUAAUUGAUGAGCAUAUGGAAGAGAUCAAACAGGCAGGAGGGAUUGGUUGCCAUUUGGAUGUGCCUGGUGAUAUUGCACAGAGUGUGCUUAAGAAUAGUCCUCAUGAUGGCACAUACCAAGGAAGUUUUAAUCCUACAAGCAGUUCUUAUGUUUCAUCAAGGAACCAUGGCACGAGGGAUUCAUAUAAGGACUUAAGAAAUGGAAGUCAUCAACGCCAGUACCAGAAAGUAUCUGAUCAUGAGAAUAGAAGUAUUAAAGAUUCAGAAAGCACAGUAGAUCAAAGGUAUUCUCACCAUCAUGAGAACAGCGGACACCAAAGAAAUUCUGAUGAUCAUAGGAAAUAUGGUUAUAAGUACAACAAAAAUGGGUCAGACUAUUAUUCUGAAUCAAGCAGUUGUACAAGAUGGUCUCAGAGAGAAUAUGACCGCAUGUCAAGAGUCAGAAGCAAUGAUGUAAGUACAACUAGUCAUACCCGGCAUAGAUCAGUGUCUGUGACUCAAGAUAAGUUCAGUGAUAGAUCUGAUCCCCAAAGCGCAUAUUCUGAUGUUGAUCCUGCAACAAGCAUGAUUGAUGAGGCGUCUACGGGGCAGCGUGAGAUAUACCAUGAUGGGGCACAUCAUAGAAGAAAACAUGAUCGCCAUUACUGAAGAAAACAAUUGCCCUUUUUUUGGUCAGUAUACUAAUACAAGCAUCUUGGCAACAGUGCUGGGCAGUAAAGCUGCAAACUCUUAGAAAUAGUUUAGCUGGAUUAGUGUGAUUUGUAUUGUCAUUCGAAUGUAUGCGCGUGGAGUUGAUGUUAUGUAAGCAGGAGCACAGGUUGGACUGUUUGGACAUCACAUGACAUUCGUAAUCAUUACUGCUCAUCUCCUGAAGCCUCAGUUUGACUUUGACCUCAUUACUGCACGUCGCAAGAUGCCUGUUGUAGAAAGGUACCACCAAAAGUUUCCGGUGCACUUAAAUACCAUCCAAAUUUGUAAACCUUCGUAUAUUUACCACUCCACGUAUGGCCAUGAGAUCUGUACAAUCCGUUUGGAUAGCAUGCGCAGCGUAUGCUUUGUGAGGGGUUGCUAAGGGUAUGUCUGGAGGAACUUUUGACA